AGUUGAGCUGCGGGAGGAGGCGGCCACAUUGUGGGAAGCUGCAAUAAUGGGGCGUGACUCCGGGACGCUGUGAGUGAAGGAGGUGAAGCGAAGCCUUGAGUUGCCGCAGGUGGGAAUGCAGAAGGAACGGUGAUGUCCCGGCGUUCUCGGAGACGGUGUACCUGGUGCCUCCUUCUGUGCUGCGUCCUUCUCGCCUUGGCUUAUUUGCAGUUUUGUUUACUUGAGGUGCCCACUCAAACUUACCAUUCAUUGGAUCAAUCAAACAAGGACAAGAUAACCUAUAAACAGAAUCGUGGCACCAUCAUCACCAGGCAUAAUGACAUCUGCCCAGUUUUCAGGCUGCAGUCAGAGAAAGAGGGACCACAGGAGGAGGUGGCUUGCAGCCGAGCAGACUUUGUACCAGGCUCUUGUCGCAUCAUGAAAGAGUUGUUUGCUGAUAAAAUACCUGCCAACUGUUCCCACCAGUCAUCAGACGUGAUUUGUACAAUUACGGAAUACAAUCCUCAAAAGCCUCAAGCAAACUGUCACCAUGAUGUGUGCAGUGAAUCAUCUUCUGUUGUGAUAGGAUUGUACAAUGAAGAGGUGGGCGUUAAUCAGUGGCUGAAGUUUAAAUCCACAAUGGAAGCAAUGACGUUUAUUAAUCAAGAGCUGCUAGUGGAUUGGAGGACUUAUCACCAUGGUUACUGUUUCAUCCGUUGCCUUAGCCGUGAUGCAAGGAAGGUGUCACAACUUCUAAUUCUGCCUCCAGUGUUGCGGACAUAUCAGAGAUCCGCGAAUAAACUUACAAAUGAACCUGCACUGAAUGUAAAUAUUUUAUUCCUGGAUUCUGUGUCCAGGCACCAUUUUUAUCGAAGUCUGCCAAAAACCAUUGACACAUUCAGAAAGUUGAACACUAAUGUGUUCAAAACUGGACAAGUAUUUGACUUUGAACUGGUUCAAGGUAUAAAAAGUAGGACAUUUGAGUCUCUUCAGGCUCUUUUUGGAGGCGAGUCAUUCAAUCCACUUAAACCAUUCAGUUCAUUUGAGCUGCCACCAAAAGCUGUGGAUCUCAACAAAACCCUUGGAAGCUUUAAAAGAUUUGGAUAUGAGACUUUAUAUUUGGAAGACAUGUGCUGGAAGUGGGAUUGGGGUUUGGUGAAAGAACUGAGAGCUCUUAAGAAAAAUGCAUCAUUUCCAGAAAGAUCACAGCUACUCCUGGAAGCAGCCAGGAGAAGCGGAAUUGAUAGAAUGGAUGUUUUAUACUCUAGCUGUGAUAUUCUUCAGGAAAAUGGGGUGAAGGAUAUGUUCCACGGACCUGCUGCUCUAUGUUACAAUGGUAUCCAUCAACACACCUACCUCCUACAGUAUAUUGAGUACUUUAUCACUCGUUUCACAUUUCUACAAAAGCCUUUUUUCAGCUUUCUUAUGCUGGAUUCCAAUCAUGAAGAUACGGGUCUCAGGUUAAAACAGGUAGAUGAAGACCUGGCCAAACACGUUACUUUCUUAGCUGAUCAACAAAACACUCUGACCUUUAUUCUUUCAGACCAUGGGAAUAAUUAUGGGCAGUUUGUUUCAAAGACCACAGAAUCUCAAGUAGAGUUGUUUCAUACUACACUUUUUGUCAUUGUCCCAGACAGAGCAGCUGCCUUACUGGGUGAUGACAAGAUUCGGUCCUUGUAUACAAACCAACACUAGGUUGAUCAGCCUUCUUGAUGUUCAUCAUACCUUACAAGGUCUAUUGCCAAAUACUGGGGUCAUGAAAGAGAAUGAUGUGAAAUACGGAGUAAAUGCGGACGGAUUGCUGAGUCCCGUCUCUGCAAGUAGGACCUGUGACAGUAUUCCAAGGAUUCCUCCAAACUUUUGCAUUUGUCAAGACUUUGAAAAAACAGUGGCGAGUGAUUCUAGUUUUGCCCUGUUUGCUGAAUUUGCACUCGCUCAAAUGAACCGUGAAAUCCUUCAGCAACAGGUAAAUGCAAAAAGAGCCCUUACAGGGAACCGGGCUUGUCAAAAAUUAAUUGGUGUCAGAUUUGACAAUGUCAAAAUACGUGAAGAACACAUAAAUCAGACUGUUAUGAAACUGGACCUUUAUGUAAAGGGGUCAGAAAGUACAGGGCGCCAGGAAGAAAAGUACUUGGUGGUUGUGGACUUCAAUUUUGAGAUGGAUGCUUCAAUGACUUUCCUAGGAUUUGACCGUUUGUCUCCGUACAGCCCUUAUGAGAUUUGUGCUAAUCAUGAUGUUGAUUUAAGGUUGUGCAUUUGUGAUGUAGAAGAUGUCGAUGAGGCAUCCAUUCCAUAUUGGAAGAAUAUUUUGACCUCAUCUGUGUCCUGGAUUGAGACUAAUUUCAGUUCCGUUCAUGAGAGUUGUCUGUACCUCGUCAAAAGGCAAUAUAGUUCCGGUGUAGUUCUGGCAGUGGUUAACGUCUGCCUACAUUUGCACUAUGUCAUUGAAUUUGACUUCCUUACUGUAAAUAUGUACUCUUCAUCUGUGAUGCCUGUAAAUAUGACACUUUUGUCAAGAUCAGAGGAGCUCCUGACCGUUGGAUUUCAGAAGAAUAAGGGAAAACCUUGGAAGUAUAAAUAUUAUUUGAAUUACAGAGCAUUCACUUUAUAGAUGAAACCAUUCACAUUGAAGUUAACAUUAUUUUUCUGUUAAGGGAAUUAUCUUCAAUUCAUUGCAGAGGAGGAUGACUGAAUUUUAGAGUCUUCCCUCACAGUGGGAAAUUUUGAUUCCGCUCUGUGGGGAUGUCUGUUAAAGUCUAUCGUGUUCUGUGCUCUUUAUUAUUCGUAUGGCUGUAU